CGCGGAGGCCAAGCAGCGCGAGGAAGAGCAGAACCAAGCCAGGGCAUAUGCAGACUUCCUCCAUGCGUUCGAGGGAGAGGAAGCAAACCGACGCAAAGCUGGCUCGGCCUUCGUUAAAGCUGGUGAAUCUACCAGUGCAUACCAACCAUUAGUGAAGGAAAGAGAUCCGCCUGAGACGUCGCGUUCGCGCUCUAGGCCAAUGUUGGAUGAUCCACCUUCUCCUCCAAGCAAUACUGCAUCUAAACCCAAGGGAAAGCGCGCUAUGGACGCAUUUCUUGAGGAGAUUAAGAAAGAGCAGGCUAUGAGAGAAGCAAAGUACUCUCGAGGAGCUCACGGUAGAUCUGUUACCGCUCUGGCCGCUUACGAGAGUCAGAGUGGGAGCAAAGACCGAGGGGACCCAGAGACCACAAACCUUUUUGUUGCGAAUCUUCCCUCGCAUGUCACUGAGCAAGCGCUAGGAAUGUUCUUCGCUCGACAUGGGCCAGUUGGAUCGGUGAAAAUUAUGUGGCCUCGAGGUGACGCUGCUGUGGGCCCUGGAGGCGAUAUGACGGCUUCUCGCCGCAACAAAAGCGCGGGCUUGAGUGGCUUCGUUUCCUUCAUGAAACGUAAAGAUGCCGAAACUGCAUUGCGAGAGCUGGAUGGCUUCGACUGGGGUGGCUCAAUCCUGCGCGUAGGGUGGAGUAAGGCCGUGCAGGUGGCUGCAAGGCCUUUGUAUGCUGUACCUCGCGCCCACUCACGAUCACGAUCCCGCUCUCCGCGACGCCGUGACCGAAGCCGAAGCCGUUCGCCCUCUCGCGAACGGAGGCGUUCUCAUUCUCCUUCAAGGGAGAAUCGCUAUCGUUCAUCGCGUCGUUCUCGCAGUCGCUCACGAAGUCCGAAAAGACGUAGAAGGUCUCGCAGCCGUUCUCUUAGUCGAAGCCCCCGCAGAAAGGAUUCUGUAAGCCCUCGCCGAGACGAUGAGGACAACGAUACCGGCGUCACAGAUGGUUUUAUACGUGCCGUUGCGGCUGAAGUUCGAGGCCAAGGCAACAACUUUGAAAAGAGGCUGCGUGAAUGGGAACGUGAUAACAAUAAAUAUGCCUUCCUCACUCGACGAAAGCAUCGUCGGCAUGUCUUCUAUCGCGGCUUGGUGGAGAGGACUGACCUUACGGGCUCAGAGUUUGUUGACGAGGGUUAUAACUCCGCUUAUUCUACGGAUUCCGCUGAAGAAUCAGAACAGGAAAGAACAAGAAAAACUACACUUGGCAAACUUGCCCGGAAGAGAUUCGAAUCCAUGCUUCGGGGGUUAUCGGGGAAACGCGGAGAACUUGCACGAUGCAUGGCCUUUUGUCUCGAUCAUGCAGAAGCUUCGAAGGAGAUCUCAGAUGUCAUCAUCACGUCUUUAUUGGUCGAUUCGACGCCCGUUCCCCGCAAAGUGGCACGACUGUACCUAAUUUGUGACAUCCUCCACAAUUCAGCCGCCCCCGUCCCCAGUGCAUGGAAGUUUAGGCAGGAGUUCCAGUCGCGCCUGGGAAUCGUAUUCGACCACUUCGCCGCCAUAUAUCACUCAUUCCCAGGACGUAUCACGGCUAACACGUUUAAGAAGCAAAUAACGUCGAUCAUUGAUAUUUGGGAGGAUUGGAUCGUAUUCCCACCGGAAUUCACAGCCGAGCUUCGGGCAAGGUUGGACGGUGUUAGCCACGCAGAGUAUCAACCCAAAGCAGAGGAGGCACAACCCACCGCGGCGGAAACGGAGGCAAAUUUUGCCUCACGAUUUAAAUCCAAAUCCUUCCAACCGGCAGCCGAAGCCGAGGGACCAGCACUCACAAUCGACAAUUAUGUGGGGUCUGGAAAUGCUGCUGACGUCGAUGGCGAACCAAUAGACGAUGUUGAUGGAGUGCCUAUAGACAAUGUCGACGGCGAACCAAUCGACGACGAUGUUGACGGUAUUCCCACCAAUGAUAUUGACGGCGAGCCCAUGGACGACGUUGAUGGUGAACCUCUCAAUGAUAUUGAUGGAGAGCCCAUGGACGACGAUAUGGAUGGUGCUCCCAUUGACAUCUGAGAUGAUCCCGGCACGCGUUGACAUCAAUUAGCCUCUAAUUAAUAGUGCUUUUUUGCCCAGGAAUAUAUAUGUUUACACUUUAUCCAGUGUGCGUGAUUCUAACGCUAUAGAUACCAAGCUUCUACCACCCAAUCAGCCGAUAACCUUGUUCACACUCGGAGCCAUGCAUGCAGAAACCAAUGCAGUGUCGGUCCAAGUGCUGUCACUAGUGUUGGUGGGGACUUCACUCAGGACGUACGACGGGUCGAAGUUACCAGCGGCCCAGCCGACAUAUCCGAGGAUAACGUCAGAGUUUUGAGCCUGGUACUGGAGCUGCGAACACAUGUACUGUUUGCAAGAGUCAACGUUACCGCCACCGGUCUCGGUGUUCAAAGCUUGGCGCUUGUUGGUCCGCAGCCACUGCGAGAGAGGCUCCCAAGCAGUGUCAAUGUUGUCCGUUGUGCACUCGGCAUUGGUGCCAGAGUUGUCAUGGUCAAGAUACUUGUGGACGUCCAUGAUCAGGCCAGUAACGCUCCCGUCAGGGUUGGUGACCUUGUUAAGGAGGUCGGCGUUGCCGCCGGAUACAAAUGUCUCGGCAGACGUGUAGUUGCUCCCAGGAAGGAGAACGAGCUGACUCGUAGCACCAGCACUACGGAUUGCAGUAACGGCAGCUUGAACGGUGUCGGCCCAGGUAGGAAGAUCAGGAAUGUCAUGAGGUUCAUUCAUUACCCCGAAGAGAAGCUUCGUAUCGGUGGCAUAGUGCUUCGCCAGCGAGCUCCAAAGAGCCGCGAAUUCAUCAUUAGAGGGUCCACCCUGACCAAUGAUUUGACCGUUGUAACGAGCAUAGUUAUGAAUGUCAAGAAUACAGCUAGCACCAGUGUUCAAGCAGGCCUGCACAAGGUCGUCAUACUUGGCCAGAUUUGUCGUGUUCAGGUUACCGUUCGCCUGGUUGUUGGUGAGGAACUGCCACGAGACAGGCAGGCGGAAGAUGUUGUAUUGAUCGUCGCUGACAAAGUGCUUCAUCUGGCCCUCACCGUCGUGACCGUAGUACUUGAGCAGAGGUGGCCACGCUCCGCUUGCGUCCGCCGUGCCAGAGGUGUCCAUCCCAAAGUCUUGAGAAUGAGGUCAGCACGCUGUAUGC